ACGGACGACAAUACCUACGAGCCGAGAUACGCUGUCCGAAGUGCCUAUCAGAGCCCCUGAGCGCGCGAUCGUGUGUGUGCGGCGGAGAUUCGUGAGAGUGGGCGAUCGUGCCUAUCAGAGUGCCCGCGCGAUCAAGCGGUUGAGCGUUCGAGCGAGCGAGAAUGCAUGGGGCCCGAUUGCGAGGCAGUGUGAAGUGAACUCACCUCACGAUGACGGGACGAGCGCUUAUCACAACGCCCAAGCGGUCGAGCGGUCGAGCGGUCGAGGAUGCAUCGCGCCCGAUUGCGCGGCAGUGUGGGGCCAGCGGCUCACUCCAUUGCGCGUCAGCGUGCGCCACCUCCCGCCACGGGUUCUCGGCUCGUCUGAGUCGUCUCUCGCGGAAGGCCCUUUUAUGGAACGCGUUCCGCUGUCCUUAUCAGUCCGAUUCACGACGACACAGGGACAGCGUGGGAGAGCGAGACAGGAAGAGAGCGAGAGAGCCUCCUGGCGUAUUUCCGCCCGCGCUGCGUCGGACAGCGUUGGACGCCUCUUCCCCUCUCGCGCAUCGCCGCAUCGCCGGGAGCCGACAACGGGCGCGCUACUAUUGACCCCUUCUCUCGAAUUACAGGCUUGCCCAAUUCGCCUCUCUCGGCGCUCCCCGCGGAGCCAGCCGACGCUCGUCGUCGCAACGCCGCGCUAACUUAGCUUUGAAAGCCAUCCGGGCGGCAGAACACAGAACAAAAACGCGGAUCGCGACGCCUGCGACCCGUGAACAUUUCGCAUGGUUGCGCCGCUGCGACUCGCUAGUAGCCGCAAAAACUUCGCCUAUCGUCCGAUUCGGUCGCAUCGAACCGUCGGUAUCCGGCCAGCCACAUCACCGCUCUUCCUACUGCCUUCUCGGCCGUCCGAUUCGGUUCGCAUCGAACGGCGUGAUGGCGGCGCCGAUACAACGAGGCGCCUCUGCAACGGUUUCCGUUGCUGCUUCCGCUGCUGUGCUCCUGCUGCUGCUGCUGCCGUCGCUCGUUCAGGCGGCGCAGCUGCAGUGGGUGCAGCAGCAGGACCUGCCAGUCUCGUGCGACCGGAACGAGAGCAUGUGGUACUGCGCGUCGUGGGACCAGUGCGUGGGCACGGACCAGCUGUGUGACGACACACCUGACUGCAAAGACGGCAGCGACGAGCUGUUGUGGGAGUGCGGGGGGUUCGAGGACUCAACGGAGUGCCCUUCAGGCAUGAUGGCCUGCCCAGUGACCACCAUGUCUGACAAGCUCUGGUGCUUCGACCCCGCUACAGCGUGCGACGGCACGCCAGACUGCCCCUACGGAGCGGACGAGUGGCCGGGCUUCUGCGUUGACUUCCAAACCAACGUCACCUGCCCGGGUUCCCCGAACCAAGUGCUCUGCCCCGGCAGCCAGACCUGUGGGUCAGGCAUGCUGUGCGAUGGGGUGGCGGACUGUGGUUUGGAUUCAGGAGGAGUGGGGAGUGGAGGGGGAGUGUGGGAGGGAGUGUGGGGUUGUUUCCCCCUGAUGAGGAUCAGGACUACUGUGCGGUGUACGAUUGUCCUGCAGGGUACUGGAAGUGUUCCAGUGAGGUGCAGUGCAUAGAUGAAACGCUCAAGUGUAACGGCGUUGCGGAUUGUGGCGACGGGAGCGAUGAAACCGAGUGCAGUGACUCGUCUGGGGCAGAUGGCAGUGGCAGUUCGGUUCCGUCAAAAGAUGACACGACCUCCCCUGCAGUUGACACGACCUCCCCUGCAGAUGACACAACCCCUGCUGGAGAUGACACCAGCGGAGGGGCUACAGGGAGCCCCCCAGACGGAUCAUCUGGAGAUGAAACGAGCAGGGGUGACACGACUGGAGGGGGGACUGGAGUUGCAACUGGUGGAGAUGAAACGGGACUUAAAACGGGACCUGAAACGGGGACUGAAACGGGAUCUGAAACGGGAUCUGAAACGGGAUCUGAAACGGGAGGAACAGGCACUACCCCACAGACUCUCCCCCAGCCAAGCAGUUCCCCCCCAAGGCAACAGCAGGAGCGGAUCCAGUCAGCAAGGCCGUCGAAAGUGCACAGAGUGCAGUGAACAACGCUGCUAGCGGUGCAGUGCAGGCGAUUGGUGCUGCUGCAGGGAUAGCGAAGAAGGUUAUAAAGGGGGGAAAGGCGAGGAAGAAGCAGGCAAAGCCCCAGGGAGCUUCAGGGUCAGUAGGAGAGUCGGGGAGUGUGGCAGGUGGUGGUGGAGGGGAUUCCUCAGGUGUCUCCUCAGGUGAUGCUUCAGGUGUUUCCUCAGGUGGUGCUUCAGGUGAUGAAUCAGGUG